AUGUACACCUGUUUCUACGACAAUUCAAGCAAGUCUAGUUCAGAAUGCAGUGAACCACUGGAGUUGCUGAUAACAGGUACGGUCUUGCCUCAGAUUAGAAUUAUAGAAUCAUAGAAUCAUAGAAUCAUAGAAUCAUAGAAUCAUAGAAUCAUAGAAUCAUAGAAUCAUAGAAUCAUAGAAUCAUAGAAUUGGAAGAGACCACAAGGGCCAUCGAGUCCAACCCCCUGCCAAGCAGGAAACACCAUCAGAGCACUCCUGACAUAUGGUUGUCAAGCCGCUGCUUAAAGACCUCCAAAGAAGGAGACUCCACCACACUCCUUGGCAGCAAAUUCCACUGUCGAACAGCUCUUACUGUCAGGAAGUUCUUCCUAAUGUUUAGGUGGAAUCUUCUUUCUUGUAGUUUGGAUCCACUGCUCCGUGUCCGCUUCUCUGGAGCAGCAGAAAACAACCUUUCUCCCUCCUCUAUGUGACAUCCUUUUAUAUAUUUGAACAUGGCUAUCAUAUCACCCCUUAACCUCCUCUUCUCCAGGCUAAACAUGCCCAGCUCCCUUAGCCGUUCCUCAUAAGGCAUCGUUUCCAGGCCUUUGACCAUUUUGGUUGCCCUCCUCUGGACACGUUCCAGUUUGUCAGUGUCCUUCUUGAACUGUGGUGCCCAGAACUGGACACAGUACUCCAGGUGAGGUCUGACCAGAGCAGAAUACAGUGGCACUAUUACUUCCUCAGGAUCUCAGAAUAGCAUCCUGGGGUCACUGAAACUUGGUUCAUUAGCCUCAGUUAAUAUUUCCAUCUGCUAGAUGAAGGACAUAAUGUAGAUAUGGGCUAGGAAAGUUCUCAUGCAGCAAUAAAAUAUCACCAGCCUUGGAGUGGACCAGCAGUGCAGAAACACACUAGAAUUUCCCCUGCACAUUAGGCAGAACUAAUCCUGUACACUAAUUACACAAGGGAGGAACAUGUGUCACCACAAUGCCUGCGGAAUGAUGACCAGCAUGGUGUAAACUCACCCAGUCCCACACACCAUUCAGAAAAUCCUUGAAAUGGCAGAUAUGACUGCAAAAUUCAUGGAAAUAUCACCUCCCGCCUCAAAAUCAGGAGCUGUCCCCGUGAUGACACCACAGGUGAGUCACACAAGGACAACCAUGCAGGGCUGACACGCAUAGCCAAGGCAGCCCUGUGAUGCAUUCUGCUAAAGCAGGCCCAAUUCUGCUCACCUGCAAGUAGUGUGGCAUUGUGGCCAGAUGCCCCACCUCUUCCUGCCCCCUCCCCCUCCCCUCUGCCAUUGCCUGAAGGAACCCUUCCCUGCUAGGCCCUCUGGCAGAUAGGAGACUUCAGAAAUAUCCCAUCAUCUGUAUGACGUGAUCAUGGCCUGCCUGCAAAUUGACCAAUGGCAGGUGGCUCCAGGAGUGGCCUUUCCUGGGGAGGGGAGCAGAGUGGGUCCAUAGGAAGGCUUCACUCUUGUCCACUCCUCGGGAGUAAAAAGGUGCCCACCGCUUUCCCAGCACCGCAGUUCUUUCACAGUGCCUCAGCUCACAAAACGAGACUGCUGGUUCAAAUACAGAGAGUGAGAUUCAGGGGAAAGCUGAAUUCAAAAGCAAAAAUGUGCAAAAUCGCAGUUCCUUGCAGUGGAUGACAUCAAAUGAUUGAGAAUACAAGCCACUUCAAGUCCAUAUUAGACUUCACUGUGGACAAGCCCUACAUUUGGACACUGAUGUGAUACUUCUGAGAACCCUCUGCUUCAGUCUGAAGCAUUUUGGACCUGGAUCUGAACCUUGAUGUAAGAUGGGAAAAUUAUUAAAGUGAGAGAAUUGGGUAAUAUUUACAAGCAUGGUAUUCCCUGCAGGGUGGGUAAAACCUGACAAAAUAUAGACAAAUGGGUCCAGGUUUUGUGCUGAUCACUUUCUAUAAUGGAGCUGCAAAUCAUUUAGAGCUGAAUAGACAUUCCUGUUCCUGUGUUUAAGCUGGUGUACAUCUCAUUACCACAGGGUUUGCCAACACAAUGCCCGUGGGUGCCAGUGUCCCUGCCAUUACCCCCUAUGGCACUCACAAAAGUCUUAGCAAAUGUCCCCUAAAAAAGACAGCCCUGCAGUGCUGCCCACUCUUCAUGGUUCAGUCUUCUCUGCACUGAACACACAUCCUUAAACAGGCCCACAUUUCAGUUGCUGCCAGUUGGGACACCCAAUCUGUUCUCAACAAAGGAGAGGUGCAAAUAACUUUUCUGUGAGUGUGUCAGUAGCUGAUGUGGGGACCUUUUUCCUAUUGACAGGGAGGGGUGGAUAUGAGUGACCUCAUGCCUGCACUACUGUGUGACCCUGCUUCUUUUUCAGCUCUUUUAGAUGUGGCGGCCAUUUUGUCUUAUGCCACACUCCCACAGAAGCCAUUUUGUAACUGGCACCCAGAGCACCACCUCAACAUUUGAAAUGUGCCUACUAGGCCCCAAAAGUUGGCAACCUCUGUGCUAUUGUGUAGUGCGUCCACUUUCACCUGCAAUCCAUCCUGUUAUCCUACCGCUGGCCGUAACCCUGUGGUAAUUGGCUACAUUCAGUGGCAUGCCUUUUAUGCAUUCAUCCUCAUUAUUUUCACAUUCUAAGUUGACUUCAUCCUCACAGAUCUCGAGCUACCGAAGCCAAAUAUCACCCUUUACCCAAAGAAGCUGAUUUACCUGGGAAGUAAUGUGUCUAUUCAGUGCUCAUUCAAAGAGGCAACCCAACGCCCAAUCCAAAGGUUCUAUCUCCAUACUGAUGCAGAUAAGAUGAAAGCAGAUUCUGUGAAACCAGAUGGAGACACGGCCACAUUUAACAUUAGAGAAGUGCAAGAGCAUCAUGCAGGCAAAUAUCGCUGCAGCUACAGAGCACCAUCAGGGGAUUUUAUCUCCUCCAAGUUCAGCGAUGAUUUGGAGUUGUUUGUCAUAGGUAAGGGUUCUGAUUCAUUGCCUCCCAGACAAAUAUAGUGAUCUAGCUUGCUGGAUGUUUGUACUCUAGCCUUAGAGUACCUGGACUAUGUAGAGCAGGGUUGGGAGACCUGUACCCCUUCCCCUUGAUGUUGCUGGACUACAAGUCCCGUCAUCCUCUGACCAUUGGUUAUACUUGCAGAGGCCAAUGGGAGCUGGAGUCCAAGGACAUUUGGAGAGUCGCAUAAGUAAAGAGAAUGAAAAAGGCCUUCCUAUUUCUUCUCAUGUUUCCCACCAAAUUCCUGGUUUACAGCAUCAUAACUGCUUCCAUUAGUGAACGUCCUUCUUGAUUCUAGAGAGUGUUGGAGCUUGGGUAGAGUUGCGUGGAUGUCUUUCCAGGCUGAGGGACAACAUGGAGUGUUUCCCUUUCCAUUAUGCACCCUUCCACCACACAAAAUUGCAUGGUGUAAACAAGCCACAGCAAAGAUGGAGAGUCCUUCAUUAACCAACGUCUCCCUUCUUACAGAUCCCUACUUUCCUAGACCCAUUAUCUCUCUGGGCCCCACUGAGCUGGUUGCUUUUGGGGGAAAUGUCACUUUCCAAUGUCAAAGCAAAAAGUUUUCCAUGAGGUUCUAUAUCCAAAAGUCUGGAGAAGAGAUGCUUCAGCCAUGCUUGGGGACUGAUAAGACCACAGCUCAAUGCUUCAUCUCCAAUGUAGAUCAGGUGCAUACGGGAGUAUAUAGCUGCAGGUACAGCGAGUCAAAACCUUUCAUCAUCUCAAAGACUAGUGAACUUGUGAGAUUGCUAAUGACAGGUAAGAGUGAACUUUGCAUUUACAUACCUCUCCCAUGACUCAUUAUUUAUUUGGGAUUUAGGUGUACCAUGUCUACUGAGAAAUAAGCUUCCAUUGAGUUCAAUGAGGCUUAUCCCCAGGUAAGCAUUUAUAGGGUUACAAUCUUAAUUUGUAUUUCAGUACAGAAUAAAAUUGGGCCUGUCUUUGUUUCCCUCACAUUAGAUUUAUUCAGAGGCAGGGAUAGCACUAGCAUUUGGCAUCCUCAGCCAGCUGUCAGAGCCCCAGAAGGGCCCACUGCUGUGUCUACUUUCCCUGGCCACACUUCAAAUAAUUUUUAUGAGGUUCCCAUGAGAGCUGUGGGGAUGGAUGCUGCCAUUUUAAUUUCCCAUGAUGCCCCAACGUAAUGUGGGGAAUUAACAUGGUGGCUCUACUGGGAUACAGCUCACUGCUGCCGUCACCAAGUAAAGCCACUGGAAGACCCAUGGAAAUAGGAAGUGGCCAGCCAAUGGGCACUUUGCUGAGUCCUCCCCCAACCCCUGUUCCACAAACCUGGAGGUGGCCCCAUUCAGAGGGAACAAACAUUCACUGGUAUUCAUGAAGAAAGCUCAGUCAUUCCCAAACUGAGUGCCAUGAGAAAGCUGCUACUAUGGUGUGAGAGAUAACUUAAAUUAUUGAAGGCUGCUUUGAACCUGAGAUACCUGUCUUCGAGAAGAUGGAUACCCAGCUACAUCUUUUUAUAAUGUUCUUGAUUAUCAGCCUGAGGAGUAAUGAGUGAGAGUCUUGUUGAGAAUGCAGAAGGGACCAUAUAUUAAUCAGGGCAGCCAAUAUGGUGCUUUUUGGAUGCUGAGGAACUCCAGCUCCUAUCAGCGUCAUCCAGCAUAGUCAAUGAUCAGGGUUGAUGGGAGCCAUAGUCCGGCAACAUCCAUAGGGGGGCAUUUUGUAUAGUUCUGAUAAAGGCAGAAUAAUGGUGCCCAGAGAUUAUCCUUUUCACACAAGGAGAGGGAUGAGAAUCUCUGUCAUGAGUGGGACACACAACACACGUCACGUCUUUUCCAUAGCCACACAUGCUACUGUGUCACUUAAUAACUGCAUUUUAAAAUAAAAUAAUUGUUUUCAACAAGGCUGAGAUUUCAAAAAAGAUCAGUAACUUUAUUAAAAUUUCACAUUUGACAAUUUUGGCACAAUAAAGUUCAGAAGAAGAUAAUGAAUGUUUAUAUGCUAGUUUCCACUGGGAGAAAGGACACAAGGCUCUGACACUAUUGAUUUUGUAAAGUGCAUAAGACUUCUUUUCUGGGAGGCCUGCCCAGAAAUAAAAGUCCUUGAUCAUUGAUUAUUCUGGUGAUAGUAUUAUGUUUUCAUGAAGCAGUGUUUUCUUUGUUUUACUGUAUUUUUAUUUGUACAUCGCUACAAUGAUCCAUAGCAUUGGUAAUUUACAAAUGACCAACUUACAUAAAACAAAAAAUGGAUGUCAGCUUUUGUUUCUGACUAUUCAGAAAACAAACUCCUGUAGGCAUCAUGUUUCUCUUUGCAAAAUGGCCUAGAGAUUCAAUCCUAAACACCACAAAACUCAACGAGACUUACUCAUCCUAAGCAUGUGUACAAUCACACUGUGUACAAUGUGUACAAAGCAUGGAUGGAUAUUUUGCGAUGCUACAUGCACUAUUUAAUCUGCUUUCUGUUCAUAGAUCAGAACAUAGCCCGACCCAAUAUCUCCCUGAUCCCAGGCUACAUUGCACACCUGGGAAGCAAAGUCACCAUUCAGUGCUCAGCCCAAGGUCAGAGCAAGAGGUUCUAUCUUCAUAAGGCUGAAGACAAGAAGAGUCUACAAAUAGCAGUGACAAAUGAGGACAGGAAGAACUUCAGUAUCAACAAAAUGGACUGGGAGCAUGGAGGGAGCUUCUACUGCAGCUACACAGAGCCCUCACAGUUUUUCACCUCUUCAGAGGCCAGUGACCGUGUGGAGCUGUUUGUACUAGGUGAGGAUACCAAUUAAGUCCCAGUAUUCUUUGUGGGAAGAAACAACUGGUAUAACUGUGCUUUAAAUGCCUAGUACAGGUGAGGGCUCAAUUUAUAGCUGAAAGUCCUCAUACAAACACUUUUGGCUUAACACCAGUUUUCAUGAACAAGGAAAUGAAAAUAGGAUACAAGCCACAAGGGAAGCUCAGGAAGGAAACCUUUGGGUUGGGACUGAAAUGAAGGCAGAGAAUGAAGGGAAGAAAUUGUAACAAGUGCAGACAUCUCAGUCAGUUAAAUAAAGAGAGGGAGGGAGGAAGAGAGAGAAGGAGAGAAGGAGGGAGGGAGGAAGGGAGGGAGGGAGGGAGGGAGGGAGGAAGGAAUGUUAAAUAAAUAAAUAAGAGCAAACUGCCCAAUCUUUCUAUUGGGAGAAGCUUAUAAUUUCGAUAUGUCAUGGAGUUCUAAAGGACCAGGUGCUCUAACAUGAAAAAAAAGAAAAAGACCAACAGGCUGACUGAAUAUAUUUUGCUUCCCUGAAGUGAUGGACAAGAUGGCAGGCAACAACUUCUGUAGGGCACUAUCUUGGUUAGCCCUGCAGAAGGCUGUUAACAUUCACAGCACUGGUGAUGGGGGUGGUUCCUUGUUGUCUCAUUUCCUCCUUUGCACAGUUCUCAUGUUACCCAAGUCUAUCAGUCCUCUGACCCACACUCAAUGGAUCACCCUCAGGGGUAAAUGUCGCCAUCCAUUGUCAGAGCAAAUAUUGGCUUGGAAUAGCCUUCGCCCAUUAAUUUCUUCCUUUGCACAGAUCCCAAGUUAUCCAAACCCAACAUCACUCUGGCUCACACUCAGUGGGUUAUCCGGGGUGGAAAUGCCACCAUCAAUUGCCAAAGCCAACACUGGGCUGCAAAGUUCCUUUUUGAGAAGACUGGAAAACAAAUGCCUCUUCAAGCCAUAGAGAUUAAUGGGACCAUGGGCACAUUCUUCAUGAAAGAUGCUAACUUGGAGGAUGGAGGGAACUAUAGCUGCAGGUACAGCACCAAGGAGAAACCUUUUAUCAUCUCAGAGCCCAGUGACUUGGUGACAAUCAAGAUAACAGGUACGAGAACUAACUUUGCCCAUAUCCUACCUAGUCCUAUACCUCAUUCUUAAUUUUGGGUAUUAUUUGAAUUGUAGCUACAGGAUCUGUUCUAUGUCUCAUAGGAAAGUACAAAGGAAGCUGCAUGUUCUGGAUAACUGGACAGACAUAUCAAGGGCUGUAGCUUAGUGGUAGAACAUCUGCUUUGCAUGCAGAAGGUCACAAGUUUAACCCCCAACAUCUCCAGAUGUGGCUGGGAAUGCCUCUGUCUGAAACUCUGGGGAACAGAUGCUGAUCAGAAUAGACAAUAGCACCUUUCUAUGCUCCUAACAUGUGCCAUGCUCUUUAGGAUCCCGUUCCUGCCCUAGGGAACUGAGAGAAACUAAAAAGAAGACUGCCCCCCACCAACCUUCUCUACUUAGAAUUCUGCAUCAUGUUUUGCAGUUACUAGGCUGUUUUGCAUAGUUGCAUAGUUGGACUCCUAACAGAUUGGGGCAGUAGCAAUCUCUGCAAUGGGGUGGAGUCACUCUUGUAACACCAGCUUCACUGCCGUCUAUCAGGAUGGAGUUGGAGUGGGCAAGAGUGGUGGUGAGGCUGGGGUGUGCAGGCACAUCAGUGAGAGCAUGAGAUUGGCUCUGUCACCCUGCUCCAUCCAGCUAAGCUGCUAUGGCAUCAGAGUCAGGUGGGCACCUCUGCACCUACUGGCUCUGGAGUUUUGUGUGACAGAAACGCAGAAGGGAUGGACUGACAGUGACAGUCUAGGAAUGGGUUGGGUGUUCAUAAAUUUUAACCAAGAACUACUUUAGAACAUUUUGGCUGAGGAGAGAACCAACAAUUGCCACAAGUAUAACAAUCUAUUCUGAGGUCCAUAUACACGAUGGCACGACAUAAGCAGGUUAAGUAAGUCUUUUUAGGAACAGAUGCAAUGAUGUCACAUGAGUGGAGAAAGAGGGAAUAACCCCAGAAUUCAGCUAAGAAUAGUGAGUGGCAGUUUUUUUCACCCUGAAAAGAACAGCAAGUUUCUAGCACAAUAUUGGUGAGGAUAACCUCAAAACUGCUAGCACAAUGUCUGUGAAAUCUCAAAAGGCAAAACAGCUUGAUUCAGCACAAAGGGCAUCAGUGUGGUCUGAAUCUGACAAUAUGACAACUGUAUGGACAAUACAGCUAGCAAGUGGGUUAAGGAUGUUUGCCAACACUGCACUGCUGCUAGCUCAUCCUCUAGACAUGCACAUUUUAGGACUGCCCUUGUCUAGAGGAUGAGCUAGCAGCAGCGUAAUAUUUUUGCCGGCGAAAUGGUUACGUUCCUCAGCCAUGAGUAGAAUAGUGAUGCCAUUUGCAUUUUUUCUCACAGAUCCUGAUCUACCCAGGCCCAGCAUUUCUUUUCAUCCUAGUGCAAUGCCACAGCUGGGGAAAAACAUCACCAUUCAGUGCUCUGUCAAUAAUUCAUACAAGGCAUGCUAUCUUUAUAAGGAUGGUGGUAAGAAGGAAUUACAGUCAGUGGAGACAAGUAGCUCUGAUGCUGUGUUCCUCAUCAACAAUGUGAGUGAAGCUGACGGAGGGAGCUACUACUGCAAUUAUAGACCCCAAUCAGGGCCCUUCAUCUCGGAGGCAAGUAAUACCGUGGACCUUUACCUAGUAGGUGAGGAUCUUCAUUCACGAUCUUCUAAACUAAUGAAUUUUGGUGCCCAAUGUGGCAUAUUUUGGUAUAACUUGCCCCAUAAACAAAUCAGAAUGAAUGCUCAGCCAAGACUGGAUAUGCUCUAAUCUCCACAUAAGCUUUGUGCAAGCAAAUCAAGAUAAAUGGUGCCUGGAAAUGGCUCUCCCACUGGCUUCUUCAGUGGGUUCCCUUUAUGGUGGCCAUCGCCUGGCUGCUGCCCUGCUAGUCCUUGCUUGCAUCCUCACCAUUUGGGGGGGCAGUGGGGGAGGCAGCGAGGAGUGGUUGGAGGUCCCCUCAGAGGUGGCCAUGGCAAACUGGAGUGCUCUGCUGGAGCUGCUGCUGCCAUGGUGCGAGGUGUUGGUGGUGGCAGCUCCUCAGGGCUGCCCACCAACUGCAUACAGGGCAGAGGUAGCGGCUGCCUCAAGAGCAGUAGCAAGCCCUCUCUGCCAGCCAAAGCAGCAAUAGGAGGGAAGUGGUCUACAGCAGCCUAGCUCUGGCCGACAUUCCAGACUCUGGCAGGCUGCCCAGUGAGUAGUAUCACCUACCUGGCUGGCUUUCCCAGUAGAAGACACCCAUGUCCACACAGAGGCACCCUGCCAAGGAAAGGGGUUUGGGGUGAGAAGGACAUGGGUAUUGUUUAAGUAUAUUUUAAAAAAUACUUUAAAUAGAUCUUAUUAUGCUUUGUGUGCAAAUUGCUUGAUUUGGUCGUGUACUUUUCGUUGUGUUUUGCUUAUUGUUUAUGUGUCUGGUUCAGCUACGUUUGUAACAGUGUGCUUUUGCCUAACUGCAAUGUGCCCUUUAACUCAGACAAUUCUGUUUGCUUGCCUGGGUGGAAAACAGAGAGGGGUGUGUGUAGAAACUACCCUAUUGUUCAAAGUUAAAGUGUGUACUCAUUGUUCUCUCCUUAUUGGCCCCACUGACCAAUGGCAUGUGGCCCCCAGAAAGUUGCCCAGAAGAGUAUACAGCCUUUGGGCUGAAAGAGGUUCUCUACCCUUGCUCUAAGAGGAUGGACCAUAGCUUAGUGGUAGGGUGUCUGCUUUGGAUACCAAAGGUCCCAGGUUCAGUUCCCAGCAUUUCCAAGUAGGGCUGGAAGUGUCCCUUGCCUGGAACUCUGCCAGAACCACUGCCAGUCAGUGUAGAAAAUAUUGAUCUAGAUGGACUAACGGUCUGAUUCAGUAUAAGCUUCCUAUCUUCCUAAGAUCCUGCUUCAGCUUUCUACACUGUCCUGAAAACAGCUUCCACCAUGUUCUACUGAUGGUCAUCUCACUUCUGUGGGCUCUUUUCCUGUGACAGAUCCUAAUUUAUAUAUACCAACAAUUUCCAUGAGUCCUAGCAACUUGGUUGCCUUUGGAGAACAAGUCACAAUCAGGUGUGAAACUGGGAAAGAAGCCAUGAUGUUCUAUCUCCAUAAGGAUGGAGACCCAUCACUAAACUGGACCAUGGAAAGUGAAUUAUAUCAUGGUACAUUGUCCAUUCACAAUGUCAGCUGGGACAACAAAGGGAGCUACAGUUGCAGCUAUGUAGCAGAAAAAAGGCCAAAGGCGUUAUCACUACAGAGUGACCCAAUAGAACUCCUGAUAUCAGGUAUGGUUUCUGACUUGGCUAUCUAACAGUGUGUCUUACUAUAUUAUUUGGUUUAACAGGUUCCUACCCAACUACUGUAAGUCGUACUCAGAGUAGCGCCCUUGAAAUCAAUGGACCAAAGGUGAAUCUCUUGCAUUUCAAUGGAUCUACUCUGAGUAUUACUUAGCUGGCUAUCACCCAAAUUCUUUGAAUCUUAUUUAGUUAAUUCUGAAUUUGACAUUAAUCAUAAAAAAUGCUACUGGGUACAAACUAGAUAUAAACGGGUACAAACUUGGGUACAAAAGAGAGAUUCAACACUGUUUUCCUGCUUCAUCGCCUUUUGCAGCUGUCCGUCAUGUAGAAAUGAAACAAGUAAUGCCUUUUCCUUGCAGGGAGUGGUUUUUUGUUUUACAGGAACCUACUUAACAUGGAAACAUCUGUUAUGGGCAUAGAAUCAGGGCCAGUAAAAAGUUGUCAAAUGUGGCAAAAGACAUAUCUUGCAGUUGAUGAUGGUGCUGGGUGGGUAGGUGGGUGCCCUUCUAACGAAAUUUUAUCUGGUGUCAAGUUGCUUCAAAGUAAUAUCUGAAAGAUAUUUACAUAGUGAUUAAAAAGAAUUAAAAUACACCAACAUUCUGGAAUGUUGAUAGAAUACAGGAGAUCCCUCUAGGAAGAUCUGUACUUAGCCAAAGGGCCACAAGAUAUCCUCUUAAAAACAAGUUGCUUUUGCAGCACUAAAGGUUAACCAACUUCUCAGACUGCAUUCUAGCACAUGGGCCCAUGAUUAAAUAAUUAAAUUUGUUAGUGUUGCUAUGAUGAGAAAAAAAACACUGUCUUAACAGACAUUGUCAUAAAGCUCAGGUCGUAUGGCAUCAAAUGCACUACUUUGAACCAUGAAUUAAUUUGUAAAUGUGUAACUGUGUCAUUGCCCUUGCUAUGGUUCAUUCAUGGUUGCUGUAUUCAGAGCUGGGAAGGAAUUUGCCUGCAUACAGAUUGCCUUCCUCAUAGCAAUAGUCACAACUUUUGGCUGAUAAGGCAUUGGGUGGAAUCCUUUAGUCUAAUGUUGAGUCAGGGUAAAGUGGUGCAACACUUCCAACCCAAAGCCGGUGUGAUCACAGGGUACCCGUUAGAGGGGUCUAGUGGGAAGUACACCCAGAAGCCAAGCAUAAGAGCAAACAGGCCAUAGAACUUCCUGUGGGAUGUAAAACUGCAGUCAAGUACAACAUUCCUACAGUGGACAUGUUAGGGGAUGUUUUGUACCCCUUCCUGUUUCCUCCUGAGCUGGGACAGACUUCCACUACAUGUGACUUGAAGAGGUUCUGGUCUGUUGUACCAGCAUGGAGGAGCACACGUCCUCCAUGUUCUGAUCAGUGUGUGUUCUCCAUUUUGUAUGUUGCUGUGUGUUUGGAGAAGUGAUUGCUUAGUUGCUUAUUCCAUAACUUCUUUAUGGAAUAGUUCUAGUUGUUAUGUAACCUAAGCCUGCCUUCAGGGAUAUGUCUGUGAACCUGAAUGAAUCUGUGAGUAAACUACUUUUAUAUUAACGUUAAUCAGAUUCUUGUGUUUAUUCAUUUUAAGAGGGAUUAGAAAGGAUUUUACCAGGAAGGAAUCUUUAAUAGUAAGACUCAGAUGAGUCAACAAGAAGCUAAUGGCUGCAUAAUUUAAAAAGGGGGAUGUUUGGAACUCUGCUAGAAUAUGGAACUUGCUAGCACGUUAGGAAGGAUAUCAUUAAAUAACAUAGCCUCUCCUGCCUCACUAAUCACCCCCACACUUCCAGCAGUUAUCUUGGAGGACCACCUAGGUAGACCCAUGUUCUUGAGGCCGUCCCUUAAUCCCAGGCCUGACCCUGCUCAGCAGCCCUCCAUUUGAAGGCUAAGAAUGUAUGUACACCAAAUGCCUCAGCCAAAGGCUACCUACACCUGUAAUCAAUAAAAGCUAAUUUUUAAAAUCCCAGAACAUUGUCUUGUGCAGUUUGCUACACCUAACAUUGUCUAGGCCUUUUCUCCCUGGGGCAGGAGCCACUGUGAGUGGGUCUGCAACUUGAUUUAUUCUUUUCCUUUUCAGAGAGCGACCACACCCUGGUGAAUAUCAUUCGCUUUGUCAUAGGUGGUCUGGUCACUGUACUCCUUGGCUAUAUAUUGACUUUGGAUCGGCGUUUCCAAAGGGAGCAUGUACACUAGGUGAGAUAACUUGUUCUUCUCCAACUCAAUGUGCCUCCUUUUAAAAAGGAAACAAAGAAACCCAAAUUGAGUUUUUUUGGGGUGCUUGGGGAUUCUUUAUGUUACAGAAGAGGCCACAGCUGGGUGGUAUUGAGGUGGUAUUAAGGGACAUAUUUCUACCUUGUCUUUCAGGUGAAGUCUUCGGAGGUGGUUUCACAUGUGUGCUACAUUGGCCUUUGCCUGCCUGGUGCGUUACAGACCAAACUACUGCUCUCAUCAGCCCGCGUGUGCUGUCUAAGGAGUGGUAG